GUUUACUCGGGCUCCACCGCCACAGGGCGUGUUCCCGCCCACCCGUCCCAGCCCAGGCCAGCCCAGUUCAACUCAUUGCUUUUUUUUUUUUUCCUCAGUCAGAAUUUGAAAGCAAUGCGAAGGUGGAAGGCAGCCACAAUGCAAAAAUCACACAAACACUGGGGCGGGGCAAAGGAGCUACAGUUACGCAAGAGAAUUUGUUUCCAAAGUUUCUCGGCUCAAAGUUUGGAGGACCGGGUGCAUUUUCCUCAGUCGGCAGGGGAGCAGGAAUUGCCCCUGGAGAAGGACGUUUUCAAACGUCUGUUGAUUCUGGAAGAUGGGCAUUAUGGAGUUAUUCUCACCAAUAGCAAUCGCCGUCCUAGGAAGCUGCGUUCUUUUCUUAUUCUCUCGGUGGAAGAAUUUGCGUGGACCCCCGUGCAUCCAGGGCUGGAUUCCCUGGAUCGGAGCUGGAUUUGAGUUUGGGAAAGCCCCUCUUGAAUUUAUAGAAAAAGCAAGAAUCAAGUAUGGACCAGUGUUUACUGUCUUUGCUGUGGGAAAACGAAUGACCUUUGUUACUGAAGAAGAAGGAAUCGACGUGCUUCUAAAGUCUAAGCAUGUAGAUUUUGAGUUAGCAGUGCAACGCCCUCUCUACCACACAGCAUGGAUCCCAAAGAAUAUCUUCUUCGCACUGCAUGAAAAACUGUAUGUCUUGAUGAAAGGGAAGAUGGGAACUUUCAACACACAUCACUUUACUGGGCAGCUGACUGAAGAAUUUCAUGAUCAACUGGAAGGUUUAGGCACUCAUGGGACUAUGGACCUGAAUGACUUUGUACGGUAUCUACUUUAUCCAGCCACACUCAAUACUCUCUUUAUGAAAGGGCUGUUUCUCACAGACAAGAGGAAGAUCAAGGAGUUCUACCAGCAUUUUAAAACCUAUGAUGAGGGCUUUGAGUAUGGCUCCCAGCUACCUGAAUGGCUUCUGAGAAACUGGUCAAAAUCCAAAAGAUGGCUCUUGGCACUGUUUGAGAAAAAUAUUGGAGACAUAAAAACUCAUGGAUCUGCAGGUCAUUCCGAAACCCUUUUGCAUGCCGUGCUGGGAAUGGUGGAGACGGAGACACGUCAACACAGUCCAAAUUACGGACUGGUCAUGCUUUGGGCUUCUCUGGCCAAUGCUGCUCCUAUCGCCUUCUGGACUCUUGCAUAUAUCCUGUCUCAUCCCGAUCUGCACAGGACGAUUGUAGAAAGCAUAUCUUCUGUGAUUGGCACUGCAGGUAAAGACAAGAUUCAAGUGUCUGAAGAUGACUUGAAGAAGCUCCUUCUAAUUAAGUGGUGUAUUCUGGAAUCCAUCCGCUUGAGAGCCCCUGGGGUCAUUACCAGGAAGGUAGUGAAGCCAGUUAAAAUUCUGAAUCACACAGUUCCUUCUGGAGAUCUGCUGAUGCUGUCUCCGUUCUGGCUACACAGAAAUCCAAAAUAUUUCCCUGAACCAGAGUCAUUCAAACCUGAACGCUGGAAAGAGGCAAAUUUAGAUAAGUACAUUUUCUUGGACUACUUCAUGGCUUUCGGAGGCGGGAAGUUUCAGUGUCCUGGAAGGUGGUUUGCUCUCUUAGAGAUUCAACUGUGUAUUAUCUUAGUGCUUUAUAAGUAUGAGUGCAGUCUUCUGGAUCCAUUACCAAAGCAGGCAAAGUUCUCUUCAUUUGGUGGGUGUCCCCCAGCCAGCAGGGAAAUGCCGAAUUGAAUAUAAACAAAGAGUAUGACCUUCAUUGGGACUCAAGAGAUUCAGAACCUUCCAGAGGAGUGAAGUCAUCUACAGAGCUACAGUCCUCCCAGCAUCUUGACCUGAAGACAUCCUUGUGGCACACGCAUUUCAAAUCUGAAGACCGUGCACCGUGGUUCACUCUCAGGAACACAGAAACCCCAAUUCAAGGUUUACAGAAAGGGUUCAGAUGAUUUGGAAAAGUUGAUAAAACGUUAGAAUUUGGCUCCAUACAUAGGCGUAUCAAAACCUCAAGUAGAAUUGUCGCUUUAAUCGAACUAUUGGUAUGUUAAGUUCCCUGUGAAGACAACAUACUUACAAUUUCCCUUUCGCAAAAUAACUACAGUGCAGGACACUGAAAAAUUAGAUCAUUUCUAGAUAUUUUGUAGUUUAAAAAUGUGAUAUUUAACUAGACCUUGGACAUGUUAGGCUUAUUGAUACCAAUCAUUGCAGAAUGCCUAGUGCUCAAAAUUUGAAUAAAACCAUGGUUUAUGACGCUGGGAAUGGGUCCCCAUGCUGCGUUCAUUCCUGCACUCUCUUAUGUCCAGGGUAGUAUCUUCCACUUGGGGAUACUAAUCAGUACACAUUGACUGAAGUAUCGAUUUGUAUUUUAGUUAAGGGGGAAGCACUCUUUUGACUCAAAGUAUCUUUACUUAUCCUUUGACAGAGAUAAUAUUUUUUACUCCUGUGUAAAAUGCACAGUCUUAUUAUAUCUUAUGUUUUUGUGAUAUCCCUGGGAGACCUGCUUUAUUCAGAAGUGAAACAGAGGAGCAGUGGAUCUGUGGGAGAGAGAAGGUGGGGAGGGGAGCAGAGGGAGGGAAAACUGGGGUCGGAAUGUAUUGUAUGAGAGAUGAGUAAAUGAAUGGAUGAAUAAA